UGUCGGUUGAGCUCCAAAACACGUUCAAAGAUGGCGUUGUCUAGUGUCUUGCAGAGUGAGUCUGCCGAUUUUUCAUUUAAUAAUGACCUGUCUUUUUCAUUUGGUUGUGGAUUCGGUCAGACCGACUUGGGAUUUGGGGCUGCACCGGGCGACAGACUUAAUUUCGCCAUAAAAGCUUCACUCGGCCCUGACGAGAAGGACGGCCCGGAGAGGAAAAUAGAAUUUCUCCAUGGGACUACCACCUUGGCUUUCAAAUUCCAACAUGGCGUCAUCGUGGCGGUGGACUCUCGGGCCACAGCUGGCGCCUAUAUCGCCUCCCAGACUGUAAAGAAGGUUAUAGAGAUUAACCCGUACCUGCUGGGCACCAUGGCUGGAGGUGCAGCUGACUGCAGCUUCUGGGAGCGCCUGCUGGCCCGCCAGUGUCGCGUCUAUGAGCUUCGCAACAAGGAGCGCAUCUCUGUGGCAGCUGCCUCCAAGCUUCUGGCCAAUAUGGUGUACCAGUAUAAAGGCAUGGGCCUCAGCAUGGGCACAAUGGUGUGUGGUUGGGACAAGAGGGGGCCAGGGUUGUACUACGUGGACUCGGAGGGGAACCGUGUGUGCGGGGACCUGUUUGCAGUGGGCUCUGGGUCCAUGUAUGCGUACGGUGUGGUGGACAGCGGGCUGAGACAGGAUCUUUCUGUGGAUGAGGCGUGUGAGCUGGGCCGCAGGGCUAUCUACCAGGCCACGUACCGAGAUGCCUACAGCGGAGGACAGGUCAACCUGUACCACGUCCACAGUGAGGGCUGGACCAGAGUGUCCCAGGAAGACGUAUUGAAGCUGCACCACCAGUACCAAGAACCAAAGAAGUUGAGAGGGGAGGGAGGAAUGGUCGAAGGAGAUGGAGGGAGGGCGUUGUAGUUUCUCUGUCAAGAGUUUGAGAAUUAUAAAAAUUAGGGAUGGUUGAUAAGGAUAUAGCAAUCAUUUCCUUCCGUUUUGGAUUAAUUUCACUUACACGUCUGUUAUGGUUUACUUUCAGAUAUGUUCCUAGCUAUUUUAAAUGUUUGAACAUUUUUCACAAACAAUGGGCUGCAGUUCCCCCACAUGGUGUUUGAUAUGGGGGGCCCAAUAUACGGCUCACUCAGUCUUGGAGUAGUCUCUCUCUUACACUGUUAUAGCUCUACCUUGUAACCACAACUGGGAAAGCAAGUCUUUUCUCAAUAAACCCUGAGAUGUUUUUUUCAGCUUG